AAGGCUAUUAAGUCCGUUAAGCUUUUAUAUAGUUUCACUAUUAUUUAUUAUAAUAUUAGGCCGUAUAAUUUCCUCUUAAAUAACUACUUAUAUUUUAAAACUAUCGACUUUUUUAGAUUAGCUAUUAACGGCUCCUAUACUAAGAUUAGCCCUAGUACUUAA